AUGGAACGUGGGGAUGCGAGCCAACCCAACACCGGUGAAGCCCAGCAAAGUCAGGGCAUGUCUGUACGCUCGUUUAUGACUUCUCUCGUAAUUUAUGGGAGCAUCUGCGUGGGAGUUUUAUUCUUUGAAACUGCAGCGCAUAAGAGAUGGUACUCGAAGCGGUUCCCUAAUGCAAACACCCCUCCUUGGUCCAUAAAAUGGCCUUCCAAUAGGACAACUGCGAUUACUUGCCAUGGACUGGAUGGAUUUUUGUUCAUUCGCUUCCUUCGGACUGUUGUCAAGAUAUUCCUACCAUUAAAUCUGAUGGUCACAGGAAUACUAUUGCCCAUUGACCUUACCGCCGAUAACUCGAGCACAGUUCAUGGCUUGGAUAGAAUGACCUGGGCAAAUGUCCAGCCGGGGGAUGGACCUAGGGACUGGGCCCAUGCAGUAGUGACAGCCACCGCUGUUGUCUAUAUUUGUUAUGUAUUAGUCGGCGAGUUUCGUGCCUUGGCCGAGAUUCGUCAAGAAUACCCCCUUACUCCUCAUCCCUUACCAAAACUGCUUCUUUUGACUGAUAUUCCCAAAGAGAAAGGCUCAAAAGAGGCUCUGGCCACUGCCUAUGCUGGCUUUGGAGAUGGGCCAUUGAGAAUAUCGGUGAACACGGGCUUAGAUAGACGUUAUCUAUCAGCUUUUCUGGAGUUUACCAACCCCUUAAUUCCGCACAUUCUGCAGCAAGUUGUUCAAGACGCCCGCCCUAUGUCAAUGAUUGCCCACGCGGUUGGUUCAGAGAGUGAUGUGAUCCGCUCUAGUUUGUCCCGCUCAUGGCGGGGUCGGCUUUUUAGAAGAGUCCUUUUCGAAGCACUUAUCAUUGCUCUCUGCAUAUUUUUGGCGGUUCCAAUCGGAUUCACUGGGAUGUUAUCACAGAUAUCUUAUCUUAACCAGAAACUAGCGACAUGGCUAGGUCUGAUCGAGGGAUUCCUUCCUCAAUUCAUCCUAUCAAUAUUGAUGAUUUUCUUCCCUUUUGUCCUUGUACACUUGGUCAAACGCCAGGGUUUGCUCACAUACACACAUAUGGAACUCUCCCUUGAUGGUUAUUACUUCGUAUUUCUCUACAUUCAGGUAUUCCUUGUGGUGACGAUUUCGUCAAGUCUAGUGACGGUUUUCCAAGAGGUGUUGAAAAGUCCGGAAUCGGUACCGUACAUUCUGGCUACCAAUAUUCCCAAGUCCAGCAAUUAUUUCUAUUCAUAUUUCCUGCUCCAGUGCAUUAUACAGUGUGCAGUUUCAUUGCGCCUACUGCCGCACAUUUUUCUUUGCGCUAAACCAUGGGUCAGGUGGCGAAUAGGGAUGGAGAAGACGCCGGUGCGGUGGGGUUUGAUAUACCCCGUCUUUAGCAAAGUGGAGACAGGAGGCCUUCUUUAUUGGAGGACCUUACAUCAGUUGUUUGGUGGCAUUUACACUGCUGAACUAUGCGUCUUUGGUCUUCUUAUUCUCCAUAACGCUCGGUUCCAGGCGGUAUUCCUAGGACUCGUAUUUAUAUUUACUGGUUGCUUUCAAUACCUAGUUUUUCAAGUAUAUGGGCCCGUGGUUCGGCAUCUCUCAGCCACCAGUAUGAGAUGGAAUGGUACCAUUGUUUCAAAGGCUCUUUAA